AUGAUCAUUCGUGUACAAUCUCCGGACGGAAUAAAAAGGAUAGAACUGCCAGAAACUGAUAGCUAUGAUAAAUUUUUAAGCUUAGUGUGUGAAAAGUUCGGCAUUGGCCGAAAUGAUAGUUGGUGCCUUUCGCGAUCUCAUAGCCAGUCUGAACGUCUAAAUGCCAGCCUGAAUACACGUUUAGCAAAAUUAGGUUUAAAACACGGGGAUCUUCUCUUCCUCUUGGAUCACCACGGAAGUGGUGGCGAAGAAACUGCUAAUAAAGACCAACAAAGUGAUUCCAGCUCUCAUAUUAAUCCUAAUAAUUGGUCUACCUGUGGACCGCUAGUAGAAGAUAAAGUUGACCAAGAAAUGGCUAAAAUGGAUGGUCGUAUUCACCGUAAAAGAAAUGAACAAUUAUGUCACCAUCCCUUAUCUGGGCAAUGUAUCCACUGUGUUCCCCUUGAGCCUUUUGAUUCAGCCUAUUUGGAACAUUUAGAUCCUCCAGUGAAAUUUAUGUCAUUUCAUGCAUAUCUACGUAAAUUAACUGGUGGUCAGAGCAAAGGAAAAUUUUCAUCUUUGGAAAAUUUAAGUUGUCAUAUUCGUCCCGGUUGUCGUGAUCAUCCUCCAUGGCCUAAUGGAAUUUGUACUAAAUGUCAACCGAAUCCAGUAACUUUAGAAAUUCAGCCAUAUCGUCAUGUAGAUUUUGUACAAUUUGAAAAUCCACAAUUAAUGAAUACAUUUUUGGAUUAUUGGCGACAAACGAGUUGUCAACGUAUUGGUAUUAUGCUUGGCCGAUAUGCUCAUUUCAAUGCACCAGGUUCACCUCCAUUAGCAAUAAAAGCAGUUGUAGCUGUAAUUUAUGAACCAGCUCAAGAAUCCACACCGAAAUCAGUAAAAUUAAUCGGUCCACUCGACAAUGUUUUACCAAAACAUGUCAUGGAAGUUGCUAAACGAAUUGGUCUACAGCCAGUUGGUUGGAUAUUUACUGAUUUAGUCGCUCAAAACUCAAAUGGUAAUGGUGUUGUCAAACAUUUUCGUGGUACUGUGGAUACUUUCUUUUUAAGUGCUGAAGAAUGUGUCACUGCUGCUCAUCUACAAAAUCUUCAUCCAAAUAUUUGUCGUCUAAGUCCUGAUGGAUGUUUUGGUUCCAAAUUUACCACGGUUGUUGUCACUGGUGAUGCAUCGAAUCAUAUACAUUUUGAAGCUUAUCAAGUUAGUAAUCAAGCUAUGGCGUUAGUGAAAGAUAAUAUUCUUGUGCCAACAUAUGAUGCACCUGAGUUAGGUUAUGUAAAAGAAACUACAAAAGAACAAUUCGUUCCAGAGGUGUUUUAUGCGACCAAGGAUAAAUAUGGUAAUCGUGUUACACGUGUAGCUCGUCCUUUACCAGUUGAGUUUCUCUUAACAAAUAUGCCAACAGCUUUUCCAAUUGAACCAUUUUAUACAAUGGCUAAAUUUCCUAAUGAUUUUCCAGCUGAUUUUCAAUUUCCAAUUGAGAAUCGUGAGUGUCUAGGUCAAAUUCAAGAUAUUCCGAGUUUUGCUCGUGUACUUCAUAAAUUUGGAGUUGAUCAAAUUCAUACAUGUUUGACUAAUUUCCAUAUACUUGCAUGGUUAGUUAACAAUGAUACACUUGGUUUACAAAUUUUCAACUCUGAAGGUAAAUUAAAUGAAGAUCCAUAUGGAAUCGUUGGUUUAUUGGAUGCGAUUGCUUUACGUUGUUCUAAUAAUAAUAAUAAUGAUUCGAUAAAACAAUAUGAAUUAGGUGUUAAGAAAUGGGCUAGUGAAUCACCAAUUUGGGCUACUGUACAAGAGUUGGCUAAUGCAGUUGUUUCCGAUAUGCCACCUAGUCCUCCAUUGCCUACUCAAUCAGAUUCCUAUCGCUCUGCACUCAGUAGUUCUAGUGUUUCUUUAGGAGUUGGUCCAACAUCAGUACCUAAAUCAACUUGGUCAUCUCAAACAACAACACCAUCGGGGAUAACAGAACAAAGAAAUUCAGAAUCUAGUCACUGGGCCUGCUCUCACUGUACUUUUCAUAAUAGUCCUGAUACUGAUGAAUGCGAAAUGUGUCGCCUGCCUCGACGUGGAUAA